UAACUCAGUGUGGAGCGGACUGAGAACGAAAUAUGUCGCUGUUACUAACGUUGAUCGCACUUCUAGUGUCACUGCUUUUGUUCAUGGCCCGCCGACGUCAUGGAUACUGGCAGAGGCGGGGUAUUCCGCACGAUGUGCCCCAUCCAAUAUACGGAAACAUGAAGGACUGGCCCAAGAAGCGACACAUUGCGAUGAUCUUCCGGGACUACUAUACAAAGUACAAACGUUCCGUUUAUCCGUUUGCCGGGUUCUACUUCUUUUUCACCCGGUCUGCUGUCAUCACCGACUUGGAAUUGGUCAAGAGGGUGCUGAUCAAGGACUUCAAUCACUUUGAGAAUCGAGGAAUUUUCUACAAUGAGAUCGAUGAUCCGCUGUCGGCCACCUUGUUCAGCAUCGAGGGUCAGAAGUGGCGUCAUCUGAGGCACAAACUGACACCCACUUUUACGUCCGGCAAAAUGAAGAACAUGUUUCCGAUUAUUGUGAAGGUUGGGGAGGAAAUGGAGAAGAUUUUCAGUGCUAAAACCACCACAGGUGAAGGUCAAGUUCUGGAAAUUGUGGAUCUGGUGGCUCGAUAUACGGCUGACGUAAUCGGUAAUUGCGCCUUCGGUUUAAAUUGCAAUAGUUUGCAAAACCCGAAUGCAGAGUUUGUGACAAUCGGAAAAAGGGCGAUCAUAGAACGUCGUUAUGGAGGACUAUUGGAUUUCCUGAUAUUCGGAUUUCCCAAACUUUCCCGCCGCCUGCGGCUUAAACUAAACGUGCAGGAUGUUGAGGACUUUUACACUAGCAUUGUUAGGAAUACUAUCGACUACCGAUUGAGGACCAACGAGAAGCGUCACGACUUCAUGGACAGUUUAAUCGAAAUGUACGAGAAGGAGCAGGCCGGAAACACUGAGGAUGGCCUGUCCUUCAACGAGAUCUUGGCACAGGCCUUUAUUUUCUUUGUGGCUGGCUUCGAGACCAGCUCGACGACCAUGGGAUUUGCCCUGUACGAGCUCGCCCUCGAUCAGGAUAUUCAGGAUCAACUUAGGGCGGAGAUCAACAAUGUUCUGAGCAAACACAACAACGAGUUUACCUACGAGGGAAUCAAAGAGAUGAAGUAUCUGGAGCAGGUCGUCAUGGAAACCCUUCGCAAGUAUCCAGUUCUGGCGCAUCUAACGCGAAUGACCCAGACAGAUUUUUCGCCUGAAGAUCCUAAAUACUUUAUUGCCAAGGGAACCACUGUUGUGAUCCCAGCUCUUGGUAUUCACUAUGAUCCGGAAAUCUAUCCCGAACCGGAGAAGUUCAAGCCGGAGCGAUUUACGGAUGAGGCGAUCGCCGCGAGACCCUCGUGCACCUGGCUGCCGUUUGGAGAAGGUCCCCGGAACUGCAUCGGUCUUCGGUUUGGACUGAUGCAGGCCUGCGUGGGAUUGGCCUAUCUAAUCCGAGGCUAUAAGUUCAGUGUGUCCACAGAAACACAAAUUCCCAUGAAGUUUGUCGUGAAAAGCAUUCUUCUGUCUGCUGAGAAUGGCAUUCACCUUAAAGUUGAGAAGCUUUCCAAAUGAGACUAUAAACAAAAUUAUUAUGGGCUUUAAUGGUUAAAUAUUACAAUUUUAUUUGGUCAUUUAUUCACGGCUAUAUAUGAUUUUUUUGAAUUAAAUCCCUCUUAAAGCUCAUAUUCAGUAUAUGAGAGUAUAGCAUUCAAAUUAAGCCUUGUUAGUUUGUUGUUGUAAAUUUAUUGUAAAUAUUUGUGGUAAUACCCUCAAUAAAUUUUUGUUCAGCUUU